UCGUUAGUUUCUCGAACUUGUUGUGUUAAUUCAUCUCUCUCAACAAAACAGAGAGAAAAUCACUAUAAAUCUUUAAUUUUAUUUGAAAAACCAAUGGCGGAUCGGAUUAAAGGUCCAUGGAGUCCUGAAGAAGACGAGCAGCUUCGUAGGCUCGUUGUUAAAUACGGUCCGAGAAACUGGACAGUGAUUAGCAAAUCAAUCCCCGGUAGAUCGGGAAAGUCGUGUCGGUUACGGUGGUGCAACCAGCUUUCGCCGCAGGUCGAGCACCGGCCGUUCUCGGCGGAGGAAGACGAGACGAUCGCGCGCGCGCACGCUCAGUUCGGUAACAAAUGGGCCACGAUAGCCCGUCUCCUCAACGGCCGUACGGACAACGCCGUGAAGAAUCACUGGAACUCGACGCUCAAGAGGAAAUGCGGUGGUUUCGACCACCGUUACGGGGCUCCGGCGGAGGAGGAGGAGGAGGAGGAUCGAAGGCCGGCGAAGAGAUCGGUGAGCGACGGAUGUCCACCAGUUGCUACUGGGCUUUAUAUGAGCCCAGGAAGCCCAACUGGAUCUGAUGUCAGCGAUUCGAGUACGAUACCGGUUCUGCACUCUGUUGGGCUUUUCAGGCCCGUUCCACGUGCGGGUGGUGUCGCGCUGCCGCUUCCCAUCGAAACGUCGUCGUCUUCUGGUGACCCCGCGACUUCGCUGAGCUUGUCGCUUCCUGGUGCUGACGUCAGCGAGGAGUCAAACCGUAGUCACGAGUCAACUAAUAUCAACAACACUUGGAGCCGACAGAACAAAAAAACAGAGUCGCUGUUACCAUUUUCUGUCGGAUUCCGAGGUGCGAUUGAGGAAAUGGGGAAGUCGUUUGCUGGGAACGGCGGGGAGUUUAUGGCGAUGAUGCAGGAGAUGAUAAAGGCGGAGGUGAGGAGUUACAUGAUGGAGAUGCAGAGAAACCAUAAUGGGAUGAUUCCGAUGAGUCAAAUUGGAGUCGGGAGAAUCGAGUAGAAAAGGGAGAGUUUAGUAACUGUUACAAUCAAUAUGUGAAACCAACCGCUAUGGAAAUCUGGAGGAAGAGAAGAAAAAACUCUCUGUUUCUCUUUCUCAUUUCAGAUUAGACAUUUAAGAAUUUUGGGACUUAAGAAAUGUAUAGAGCGGAAGUCGAAUGAGCAAAAUCUCGGUUCGUGAACCUAGAGUAAUAAAUAAAAUUUUCAAUCUCUACUAAACUUAUUAGCUUUUUUUCUUCCUAAUAACAACAUUAGUGAUCGUCGGUUGAAUAUCUAAUAUUAACAAAGUUGAUCUUAGCCAUUUCAUCAACCUUGAAAGGACUGUUUUCAUUUGUGCUACACUUGCAGCUUCAAACAACCUAAACGCCAUAUAUUGAAUGAAAUCUUUUUUUUUUUGAACACAGAUAUUGAAUGAAAUCUACUAACAGCAUAAACUCUGACAGAUUAAAUGAAAUUUGAAAUAUCCUAAAUGGGAUAUAAUUUUUCAAAAAAACUGUAGCAUUAAGAUUUAGGAUUUUGUGAUACCUGGAUACUAAUUUUAAAAAUAUUUUCAGUAAAAAAUACUUUAAAAAUUGAAAUAAGUUUUAAUGAUUACUAUUUAAAGUUUAGUAUUUAGGAAGUGAGAUUAACUAUUUUAAAACGAUAGGCAAAAAAUGAUAGCCACAUGUAAAUGGUGUUCCAUAAAAGAAACAAAAUGAUGAAGAAGAAAGUUGUUCCAACACAAACUCUCUCUCUAAAACCUCCAACUUCUCACUAAAAAGCGUCUAAUUGAAGUUUGCUUCGGGGGCCGGCGGUUCCCCACCGUCGGUCACCACCCCUUUUGUUUGUAACAUAUUAGUAUUUUCUUUGCCUUUUGUUUUUUGAUGUUUAUACUUCCGUUUAGCGGAUAUGUUCUUUCGUUGCAGAUCAAACUUCGCUAGGCGAUGGUUUAGUUUUCAAGUUCCAACCUUUCGCAUGCGUAACUCUAAUCCCGUCAACUCUUGAUCAUAUAUGAUGUUUCUCCUAAUCAGCUUUUCCACUGUUUAAUGGAGAAUCAGUCUUUGCUGACUUAGAUCUAGCCAUGUUUGGCUUAAGGCAAAGCUUCUCUAAUAAAAAAGGGAUUAAACAUUGGUGAAACAUGACUUUCUGGUUAAUGAGUUUCGGUUUAAAGCGAGAGGUUUCGUUGGGAGUACAAGUCUUGGCAAAUCAAGGUGUUGUGGCGGCUCCUGAUGAAGAACCAUACCGGCGGCACUGUUUCUCCGGUGACAAAGUCGAAGGCGGUUACGUCAAGAGCUCAAGAGCGGUGGAGAAGAUUGGUGUCCUCGUUAACAUCAAGUUCCUGCCACGUAGCAGCAUCUCAAAAAUUACCCUACACGUGUUAUAAGCUGUGUCAUCCUUUUGUUUAUUUGUGUUGGGCCUUAAUGCCAAUAUUGUACUCUUCUUUAGUCCAAGAGGCUUUUAUAAAAAGAAGUUGAAAAAAAAAAAAAAAGUUGUUCCAGAUUUCAAUGUUUAUGUUGUAAUGCUCUAUAAUAUUAGAAUUGCAUAUGAUUGUAUUUAUAUUA